AUGCCUUCUCUCGAACCCCCCCCUCAAAACGAGGCGAGAUUGCUCCUCGUCUCGAACCGAUUGCCGAUCACCAUCAAGCGCUCCGAAGACGGCAAAUAUGACUUUUCCAUGUCGUCGGGUGGUUUGGUUAGUGGCCUGAGUGGCCUGUCGAAAUCUACGACUUUCCAAUGGUAUGGCUGGCCCGGGUUGGAAGUUCCGGAGGAGGAGAUCCCCGAGGUCAAGCAACGGUUGAAGGAUGAAUAUGGGGCUGUUCCAGUGUUUAUCGACGAUGAACUUGCGGAUCGACAUUACAAUGGGUUCUCCAACUCUAUUCUUUGGCCGCUUUUCCAUUACCACCCCGGUGAAAUUACGUUCGACGAGUCCGCUUGGGAUGCGUACAAGGAAGCAAAUCGCCUUUUCGCCAAGGCUGUUGCGAAAGAAGUUAAGGAUGGAGAUCUUAUCUGGGUUCACGACUAUCAUUUGAUGCUGCUUCCCGAAAUGCUGCGAGAGGAGAUCGGAGACAGCAAGGAGAAUGUCAAGAUCGGCUUCUUCCUCCACACUCCGUUCCCCAGUAGCGAGAUCUACAGAAUUCUGCCGGUCCGUAAUGAACUGUUACUGGGUGUUCUUCACUGCGAUCUCAUCGGUUUCCAUACUUAUGACUACACACGACAUUUCCUGAGCGCUUGCUCACGAUUGCUGGGGCUCGCAACAACUCCUAAUGGUAUCGAAUUUCAAGGAAAGAUUAUUGCCUGCGGCGCUUUUCCGAUCGGUAUUGACCCAGAGAAAUUCCAAGAGGGCCUUAAGAAGGAAAAGGUCCAAAAGCGGAUAGCAACGCUCGAGCAGAAAUUCCAGGGCGUGAAGCUCAUGGUCGGCGUUGAUCGUCUUGAUUAUAUAAAAGGUGUACCUCAGAAGCUGCAUGCACUGGAGGUCUUCCUUAGUGACCAUCCAGAAUGGGUUGGAAAGGUUGUUCUUGUCCAGGUCGCUGUUCCCAGUAGACAGGAUGUCGAGGAAUAUCAGAAUCUGAGGGCAGUGGUGAACGAGUUAGUUGGCAGGAUCAAUGGGAAAUUCGGCACUGUCGAAUUCAUGCCCAUUCAUUUCCUCCACAAGUCCGUCAACUUCGAUGAGCUCAUUGCUCUAUAUGCAGUGUCAGAUGCCUGCAUUGUGUCGUCUACCCGAGAUGGUAUGAACCUGGUAGCAUACGAGUAUAUUGCAACACAGCAAAAGCGUCACGGUUCUUUGGUGCUUUCAGAAUUUGCCGGGGCAGCCCAGAGUCUCAACGGUAGUAUAAUCAUCAACCCUUGGAACACAGAGGAGCUUGCUGGUGCCUACCAGGAAGCUGUAACGAUGAGCGACGAGCAGAGAGCUCUUAACUUUUCCAAGCUGGAUAAAUACGUUUCGAAGUAUACAAGUGCCUUCUGGGGUCAGUCUUUCGUGACCGAGUUGACAAGGAUAUCUGUGACUUCGGCGGAGAAGUUUCAGACCAGAAAAGCUGCCUUGGCCGCGAGCUCUCAUGUUGGAGAGCAUGUGAAUGGUAGUGAGAUUCCAGGCGAUCAUCAGUUGACACACUCAUGA